AAUGUCCUCUGGAAAGUGGAAGACAGAAGGAGUCAGGACUGGCAGGUGAUGGAUACAGAAUGCAGUUCUAUGUCUCUCGCCUCCUCCUCAUGGUCACGCGGGCUGCCCUGCGGGUGUCGGGCGUUCUUUUCUGGGUUCUGGUUUAUGUUGCCUCUCUGUUGGCGGCGGCCUCUUACCUGCCUGAUGCCCUGAGACUUGUAGCCAGAAGACCAUUCAAGGCGUUUUACUGGCAGACACGCAAGACUGCUCCUCCCUGCUUAACAAGCAGCAAGCAUGGGCAGCAUGGAUACAUCCGGAUAAAGAGUUCCGGGAUACGCUUCCAUUAUGUGGCAUCUGGAGAGAAAGGGAGCCCAUUAAUGCUCCUCCUGCACGGCUUCCCUGAAAACUGGUAUUCCUGGCGGUACCAGCUGGACGAGUUUUCCCGGGGAUACCGGGUUGUUGCUGUUGACCUCCGAGGAUUUGGAGGCUCCGAUGCACCAUCUGAGCUGCUGGAUUACAAAAUGGAGACUCUGCUGCAGGAUGUCAGAGAUCUGAUUACGGGACUUGGUUACUCCAGCUGCGUUCUAGUCGGCCAUGACUGGGGGGGCACCUUGGCGUGGACAUUCGCCGUCCGUCACCACAACAUGGUCUCUCGUCUCGUAGUGAUGAACGCACCUCAUCCUUCAGCCUUUCAUGAUUACGUGCUGUCUCAUCCAUCUCAGCUCUUCUCAUCCCGCUACGUCUUCCUUUUCCAGUUACCUGUCCUACCUGAAAUCCUGCUGUCUAUGGCUGACUUUGAGUAUAUCAGGAGGCCUCUGGUGGAUGAGUUGAUGGGGAUCCAGAAUAAGCAGCGGAGACUCACCAAUGAAGAAACCGAGGCUUUUAUAUAUUAUCUGUCUCAGAAAGGAGGCAUGACACCCCCUCUAAACUACUACAGGAAUCUUUUUGGGUUCUUUCCAGUGAAAGCCCAGGACGUACUCGUCCCUACGUUGCUGCUGUGGGGGGAGCUUGACGUGUUUCUAGAGGCGGCAAUGGUACCGGAGAUGCAGCAAUACGUCCGCGCUCCUUUUCGGGCUGAGAUUAUACAACAUGCCAGCCACUGGCUACAGCAAGAUCGCCCUGAAGAGGUCAACAGGAUCAUGAGGGACUUUUUAAGCCAUGAGAUGCCCGCUCACCAUGGACAUUUGUGAGCCAGG